AAUCUCCCUUUUCCACGCUGCAGGUCUUGAUCAAAUAAGCCUUUCCACCGAGCCCCAACUCCACCUCCACUGUUCCACGGCUCCCACCCAUGGAUUUUGAGGCUGUGAAGCGAUCGCUGGAGGCAGCAGCGGAGGAGACCCUCCCAUCCCCGUCCCUCGACACCCUCCCUUCGAAAUUCUACGACGCCUUCGUUCUCCAUGGCCUCCGCGUCGACCUCGUCGAGCCCGGCCGCCUCCUCUGCUCCAUGACCGUCCCUCCCCGCCUCCUUAACACCGGCAACUUUCUACACGGCGGCGCCACCGCUUCACUGGUCGAUUUGGUCGGGUCCGCCGCUUUCUACACGGCCGGGGCUCGGACCAAGGGUUCCCCACUGGAGAUGAGCAUCGCCUACUUGGAUGCCGCCUUUGUCCAU